AUGGCUUUCUUCAGGGCAGUGCGCGUGGUGGUUCUGGUAACCUUGUUUGCCAAGGGUGCCCACUUCCAGUCUGAUGUAUCAGUGUGUGGUCAGCCCCCCCUCAACACCAAGAUUGUGGGGGGUCAGGACGCCCCUCCUGGUGCCUGGCCCUGGCAGGUCAGCUUACACAGAUCUGACGGCCAUUUCUGUGGCGGCUCCUUAAUCAACAAAGACUGGGUGCUGUCAGCGGCUCAUUGCUUUCUGAGUUCUUUAAACGCCUUGGACGUGACCGUCUACCUGGGCCGGCAGAGACAAAAGGGAAACAACUCAAACGAGGUGUUCCGAUCUGUCUCACAGAUCAUCAUUCACCCUGACUAUAACUCUGUCACCUUUAACAAUGACGUUUCUCUGCUGUGUCUCUCCUCAUCUGUAACUUUUACCGACUUCAUCAGACCAGUCUGCCUGGCUGCAGCAGACAGUGUCUUCCACAGUGGCACUGACAGCUGGGUCACGGGUUGGGGAAACACUGCCUCCGGUGUCUCCCUUCCCUCACCUCAGACUUUACAGGAAGUGGAAGUGCCAGUGGUGGGAAACAGACAGUGUAACUGUCUCUAUGGUGUCGGCAGAAUCAAAAACAACAUGAUCUGUGCUGGAUUAUUAGCAGGAGGGAAGGAUUCCUGUCAGGGAGACUCAGGAGGACCAAUGGUGAGUAAACAGGGCUCUCGUUGGAUCCAAUCAGGCGUUGUGAGCUUUGGGAGAGGCUGUGCCCAAGCUAACUUUCCUGGAGUGUACGCCAGAGUGUCCCAGUACCAAGACUGGAUCAACUCUCAGAUCACCACUGACCAGCCCGGCUUUGUCACGUUUACCUCCAGUGGCACUGACGGGGAUUUGAGUGUGAGCUGCACUGGCCUGAUUCCUGUUACCACCACUUCCCCCAGAACCACUUCCACCACUGAAAUCUGUAAGGUUCAAGAUGUGGUUUGUGGCAGUGCCUCUCGGAACACUCUUCGUGUUGGGGGCAGCAGUUCUCUGGCGACUGGAGGCUUAUGGCCAUGGAUGGCCAGUCUGCACCGAGGAGGCAGACACGUAUGUGGAGGUACACUGAUCACUGAACAGUUCGUCCUGAGCUCUGCUGACUGUUUCUCCAGCUCCACCAAUGCUUCAGAAUGGACCGUGUUCCUCGGCCGUCUCAAUCAAAAUGGUUCCAACCCUAACGAGGUCUCUCUGAGGGUCAACAGCAUCACACUGAGUAACCUGACAGGCAACAACGUGGCUGUUCUGGAGCUGGCCAGCAAACCCACACUCUCAGACUUCAUACAGCCCAUCUGUGUGGACCUGGGAACAGAGACCUUCUCCACAGGAACACAGUGCUGGAUUGUGGGCUGGGGUUCAGGACAAGGAGGAGCUGAACGAACUCUUCAGGAAAUCCAGACCAGUUUAGUGGAUUGUGGGGAUUCUAACUCGGUUGAGAAUAUUUGCACUGGUUUUGUGGAUUUACAGCAGGGUGAUGAUGGGGGCCCUUUGAUGUGUAAACAGGGGUUGGCAUGGUUCCAGGCUGCACUUUUGUCUGUCGCUAACAGCAGCCCAAAGAGCAGCAGUAGAAGUAGCAGUGCAAGUCGCUCAGAUGUUGGUCCUCAUGCCCCACGUAUCAAGGCCUUCACCCGAACUUCUCGCUUCAGCGGUUUUUUGAAGUCUACUGUCGGCAGCUUCCCCUCCACAGCCUCCAACAGCACGUCCUCUAACAGCACACUCUCCAACACCGCAUCCCUUUCUUCCUCCAAAACUUUGAUCAAAGUUUGA